UUUUUUUAUAUAAAAUCAUUUUCAUUUUAAUGCAACGCGCGUAUGAGAAGCUUAUACGUUCAUUCAAAUAUAUAUGUCCUCGAUUAUCUUUUUUGAUCACAAGAAGAAAUGACGAAAUUACAAUAGAUACAAGUAGUACAUUAUGAUUCCGUGGCGUUGAUUGUAAAGUGGGCAUCGAACUGACAUACAUACAUAGAGGAAAUACUUGGCCAGCAAAGAUGGUGAAACGCGAAAAGACACAUGUGCAGUUUUAACGGUCCGAUGUCUAAAUUAUCAGUGAAUAAUCGCACGCGGAAGGUCAAUAUAUGCUUGCGGAGCAAUCAUCAACUGGUAGUUAAAUAAACUUAAUGACAUGAAAGAAUGAAACGAGAAACUGUCAUUACCUGUAUAGAACCAAACCGAGCGCAAACGAUGACGACGGUAUUGGACGGUAACUACCAACGUAUACAUCCUUACGAAGGUCAGGAAGAGGAUGCAGAUGAUGAAGACGAUCGCGAGGAGACGCCUCAAGAAUCGGGCGUCAUAAUCCACGUAGUACCAGAAGGAAACAAAGCGCGAUGGAAUCACAUUGAAGAUCUGGACUCAUUCUUCACACGAAUGUAUCAUUAUCAUCAGCAACACGGUUUCCUUUGUAUGAUGCUCCAAGAAGUUUUGGAAUUAUGGCAAUUUUUUUUCGUGGUCUUCUUUGUUACCAUCCUUUUUCACUGCGUCGAUUACAACAAAAUAUAUAAUGGUGGAGAUACUAAUGACACCAGCCACAAAAGCGACGCUAUAAUAUGUGUAGGAGAUUGUGUAAAGUCAAUCUCUUUAUUUUAUUGGAGUCUUCUUGUUGUCGCAGCCAUUUUCUUUAUUCUUCAAUUUGUCAAAGUUUCCUACCACUUGAUGCAGUUCUGGGAGAUCAAAAUGUUUUUCAACACAGCACUCAAAAUUGCCGAUAGUGAGUUGGACAAUUUCACUUGGCACGAGGUUCAAAAGCGAGUUAUAGAAGUGCAAAAAGAGCAAGAAAUGUGUAUUCAUAAAAGAGAACUUACAGAAUUAGAUAUAUAUCAUAGAAUAUUAAGACACAAAAAUUAUAUGGUGGCUAUGAUCAAUAAAUCUCUUUUACCAGUACGGUUAAAAUUCCCUAUUAUAGGAGAAGUUAUCUUCUUGACACGGGGAUUGAAAUAUAAUAUAGAAUUAUUAUUGUUUUGGGGACCAUGGUCACCGUUUGAAAAUAAUUGGCAUUUAAAAGAAGAUUACAAAAAAUUGAAUAAAAGGCAAGAACUCGCGCGAUUAUUGUCUAAACAUAUCUUGUGGGUCGGUAUCGCAAAUUUCAUCUUGUGUUUCCUUAUUCUCCUGUGGCAAGUUCUCUAUACGUUUUUCAAUUAUGCUGAGACUAUUAAGCGAGAACCAAGUGUCUUGGCAAUGCGCACGUGGUCCCUGUAUGGCCGGCUAUAUCUGCGUCACUUUAACGAACUCGAUCACGAAUUGAACGCCCGUCUCAGUCGCGCGUACCGUCCUGCUUCCAAAUACAUGAGCAGCUUUACGUCCCCGAUAAUGACAGUACUCGCCAAGCAUAUCGCAUUCGUCACUGGUAGCGUAUUAGCGGUAUUGUUGGUGAUAACGUUGAUCUACGAGCCGAUAUUCUCGAUGGAGCGCGUAGUUGCUUACAUGACUAUGCUAGGCGUUGUAGCGGCAGCCGCAAAGGCAGUAAUACCCGACGAAAAUCUGGUCUGGUGUCCCGAGACUCUUCUGACUGCUGUGCUGGCUCAUACACAUUACAGACCGGACAGUUGGCGGGGUACCGCUCAUACGCUAACCACUAGAGCUCAAGUGGCGCAGCUGUUCCAGUACCGCGCAGUACAUCUCCUGGAAGAAUUGAUUUCUCCAUUUGUUACGACGUACAUUUUGUGCUUCCGUAUGCGGCAUCGAGCUUUAGAAAUUGUAGACUUUUUUCGUAACUUCACCAUCGAGGUUGCCGGAGUCGGCGACGUGUGUAGCUUUGCCCAGAUGGACGUGCGCAAACAUGGCAACCCUAUGUGGCAGACUGUGACGCACAGUCCCGCAGUUUCUCCGUUGCAACAGGAGAAUCGUAGCGCCGGAUACGAUAAUCAGUAUGGUGUCGAUCCCGAUAAGUACGUGUCGAUGUCGAAUCAUUAUACUCAGGCGGAAGACGGCAAGACCGAAUUGUCCCUUAUACAUUUCACCCUAACAAAUCCUGAAUGGAAACCACCGUCCCACGCAGAGAAUUUUGUGACCGCUUUGAAAGAAAGAGCUAGAAAGGAAGCGACUGCGGAUUCUGAUCCUUAUAACAAUCCGCUUAUAGCCAGUUUAAAUAGCUUAUCCGGUCUUGGUUAUAAAGAACAUGUGUCGAAUAUUAUUCGAAGUACGAUAAAUCAAAUGAGUAUGCCCAGUAUGAGCAACGUUUUUACAAAUCAACCAAGCACAUCGACCACGUCAGUCGGCGUCGAUCGAUCAUUUGGCACAAAGUCUACCAGACGUCGAGGUGCAUCCAAGAAGGAGGGUCCGUUGCACAAUGAGAGAGGAUUCCUGUACGAUCUGCAACAGGGAAUAUCGAAUCAGUCACUAGGUGCUUCUGUAUUUGGAUCAGGCCACAGUUACAUCGAGACUCAUACAGAUCCGUCUAUACCUACGGAAUUAACUGCUGCCGAUAUGUCUUUAUCUACAUUGUACCUGCAUGAGCUUCAUCAUAGACAAGUAAGGAGAAGAGGCUAUCAGGAAAUGGCAACGAGAAGUAUAUGGCAGCGAAGUCCGGCUCAAGAGCUAGCAACACUUCCCGAAGUUAGGCAAGAAAGAGUACCGCUCCUAUUGCACCAAGAUUCUUCUUUAAGAAAAAACAGAGAAUCUUAACACUACGCUUGAAAGUUCAUUUAAAUAGCGUAAUAGAUUCUCGCGCAAUAAUCAUUUUAGCGGAAUAAAGUGAUUUUUACUUGUUUUAUUACGACGAAAAAAAUUCACAAUUUAUUUUAUCAUAAAUAAGUAGUCACAACACGUUCGAGAGUGAUAUCGUCUCGAUGUUAUGUAGAAAAUUAAUUACGUCUUCUAAAUAUUCUUAAUAUUAUAUAGUGCAGAGAAAAGGACAUAGGCUUCUUUCUCUUUCUUCUCUGCAUAUGGCCAACGAUUUAAUAACGCCUACUCUUAAUAUCAAGGACCUAUCUGAAAACUUAUAUUUUAUACAUAAAACAUUCAUACUUAACAACAAUUAUUUUAUCUUAUGUUUUGAUGUAAUUGUAGACUCCACAUAUAAAAAACAUUGAUUUAAGAGAUUGGACUAGUAUAGCACAGUCUAUAUAAACGCGCGAUAGAGAUUUUUUAGAAUUAUUUUUAAAAAAAUACAUAAGGUUCUUUUGCAUUAAGAUAAAUUAUAUAAUUUCUCGCUUCUAAUACCGUCACAUGAAUACAGUGAGGAAAUAAAAAAAAAAAAAGAAUAGAAAAGAAAACCUUUAAACUUCAACUAUUUUUUAAAAACAAGAGAAAGACAAAAAUUUUUCUGACUAGGCUAUACUGGCUUUUAUGACAAUCUAACUUUUUAAUUCAAUGAGGUUUGUUAUGCUAUUAUUAAAAGUAUUGAUAUAUAUUACACACACACACAUACACAUAAAAUUUUGUCAAAUAACGAAUAGAAUAUUUCAAAUUUAAAUGAGUUGAACGUAAAGAUUAGUAUAAUAUAGAUAGAAAACUAAAAGAGAUAAUACAUUUUUAUAUUCAAAUAUGAGAUAAACACGUAAUUUACAUGUCUGAUAAUUUUAAUGACCUCUCAAUGCCACGAUUCUCUAGUCAUACGAAAUUAAUAUCGCGCCGUAGCGUACUUCUCUUUUUAGACGAAGUGGUCCUAUUUAUUUUUAACAUUUUAUUUUUAUUACUAGCUAUUAUAUAAUAUAUAUACAUAUAUAUACAUAUAUAAAUAUAUAUGUAUAUGUACAUAUAUUAUACAUACAUGCAUACAUACAUAUACAUAUAUAAAUAUAUAUGUAUAUGUACAUAUAUGCAUGACGGCGGCUAAAUAUUGAUGGCUAGGGUAACUCGUAGAAUUACAUGUACAUAAAAUCGCGAUAUUUUGAAAUGCCGCGAUAACAAUUAUAGUUGAAAGACAAGUCUCGUCCUUCGACAUAAUAGAGGUUGUUACAAAGUAUAUUAAGACAAAUCUAGACUCUACUCUUUACUUAUCCUUUGUUUAUACACAACAUUUAGUAACUUAAUAAGAAAUCGAUGAUUUGUAAAAUGAAUUAAUAGGUAAUAAAUAAUAUUAAAUAAGAAAAUACGUUUUUUGCUAAAUCUUAUAUCGAUGUGAUUCUCAUGAGAUGAGAAAUUAGUGCUGUAAGAAACACAUCUGUAAUUAUAUCACUAUAACAGAAAUAAAUAAAUUUCUUAAUAAA